AUGUGAACACACUGCGCUCCUACAUGACGAAUGGUCCGCCGGAUCGCCUAGUAAAUUUCGACUUUUCCCCGGUUUUCCGCCAGUGUUCGGUUUGUUUUUUUUUUCGCCCGUCGCUGCCGCCGUCCGUGUCGCCCCGGACUGCUUCAAACGCGCCAACCUACGAAUAACGGCCGUCGUCUGCCACACGUUAUUACAUUAAUAUAAUAUUAUUUUUUUACCGACGUUGUGUGUGCGUGUGUCGCCAUUUUGUGUUACGCCGUAGUGUUGUACGCGCCGUUUGUAGUAUUAAAAAAAAAAAAAUUAUCGCUUGUACGCCUUGACGGUGCAUCUGUUGUCGUCAAUUCGCCAUAGCGGCCGCGUCAGCGAGGUACGGCCGUUGUAGACCGCGACGGCGGUGGUCCGGCCGCCUAGCCACACGACACGGGACGCGCGCCGCCGACUGGACUGUGGUGCCGCAUACGCGUGAGCGCGGGGUGUGCGGCGCGUCUGUCACAGAUCCGCCGCGGUAUAGAGAUAACGGCCGGUGGUGAUAACGAUGCAGUGGCUGCCGACGUGAGAGACGAUGCCCACCGUCCCGGACCACGUCCAUCGCUGACGAGCCAGUGCGAGCUUUACCUCGGGCUCUUACGCUACCGUUAAGCAGCAGCAGCACACCCGCCGCCGCCGCUCUGACACUGGUGUCCAAGCACAAGCAUGGCUAACGUCCUCAACAAAGAUCCGGCCAGCUACGCUAAGGAAAAAGCCAGCUUCCUCAGGGACCUGCAACAUUUCCACGACACUAGGGGGACACCAAGUCGUGCUCCGCCAAGAAUCAAUGGAAAGGAAAUCGAUUUGUACCUUCUGUAUGUGUUGGUUACGGCGCAAGGAGGAUGGGUUAAGGUGAACCAGCGAAAUGAUUGGAAGAAUCUUUUAGAGAAUUUUGGAUUAGUUUCAUUUUGUGUGAACUCUGAAGUCUCCCUGAAACAAAUAUAUUUAAGGUAUUUAGAUCGUUAUGAGAAAAUUAACUUUUUGGGGGAGACCGGAUCAAUUGCUGGUGAUGACGACGAGGAUAGCAGGCACAAGAAAUGGUCUGCUAGGGCAUUACAUUCUGUUCCUUUAGUUUAUAAUCAUCACCAACACACAGUAACUGAACAAGCUCGAUCAUUCCAUGGUUUAUCUACUAAUCUUUAUAAGCCAAGCGAUUAUGACAAGUUAUCGUUGUCGUUGCUGUCACCAUUGCCCAACGAACAAGACUUAGCAAUCAACGUGUGCAUAUUAUUGUCUAAUGAAAACAAACAUGCUAUUAAAUUAUCUAAGUGUCCAAAAAUCCUUCAUCAUCUUCUGGCUCAUGCUGGAGUAUUUACUCAUCCUGCUUCACGAAAGUUUUGGGAAGAUUAUUAUCAUAAAGUUCGAAAAUGGUCCAUAAAAACUUUUUGGAAAGAAGUUAUGGACGAAAAGGAACUUGCAUACUUGACAGACGAAAGUCGCUUUUGUGCACGAACACCAGAAACUCCACAACGAAAAGAUGACGAAUCAAGCACGUGUAGUGAUGAUGAUGAUGAUUGUAGAAAUAAAGUUAAAUUGAACUUUGAUUCAUCUGAUGAUGAAAUUUUCGGCCUUAAAAGGCCUCUUGGAACAGAUGAUCCCUAUGGCCAAAGAGUCUACCAGGUGGCACUUAUACUCAGAAAUUUGACUUUUUUCGAUGAGAAUAUGAAAAUGAUGGGUCAAGAUUUAACAUUUUUGAGGUUUGUAUUGUUGUGUUGCGCAACACGUUGGAACUGCUUACAUCAGAUUGGAUUUGAGAUGUUGGGAAACAUUGGACCAGUUGUGCCUUUGGAUGUUGGUUCCUUACAACAUGCCACAUUGAAUAUUGUAUGUAAAAAUAUCACUGAAUCUAACGAUCGCGCUGUCAUAUUGAGUGCUGUUGAAGCUUUAAAUAAAAUGGGCACAAAGGAGUCUAAUGAAGAAUUUUUGCUAAAAAAUAUUAAUCAAAACGUAUAUGAUAAAAUCUGCAACAUGUUAUCUUUGCAUGAUAUUAUGUUAUUAAUACAAACAUUAGAAUGUCUGUAUUCUUUAAGUUCUCUUGGUGAACGUGCUUGCAAUGCAAUCGUCCAUGUCCAUGGAGUUAUUGAUACACUGGUUUCAUUAAUCACUGUUGAGGCGCAAGCUUAUGGGCCUAAAGCCUGUAUAUUGAUGAGAGUUAUCGAGACUGUCACGGGUCCAUCGAUAUCAACACCAUAUACACCGGAUCCAGCACCUAAAAGUCAUAUCAUGGCAGCUCCUAGUGCACCACCUCCUUCAAAUGCAUCUCAACAUCUUCUUUCGACUUUCUCAUCUCCAAAUGUCUUACCUUUACCAACACCAGCUGUUGCUAAUCCUGUCAUUCUACCAAACGCUCCAUGCGCUGUGCCAGUUAUGUCAACAUCUCUUAAUACGUUCACUUCAGUGGCUCCAACCGGGGCACAUCCUGUACAAUCAGUGGCCAAUCCUAAAAUAAUAGUUCCAGCUACAACAAUGACUGUUACGACAAACACUACUUUAAUAGCAACUAGCCAAACAGCUACAACUGUUUCUCAACCUGCCAAUUUGAUUCAGCAAGAAAACGAACAGUUUGCUUUGAAUUGGAUUCGAGCAACUCUCGAAGUAUGUCCUACGCCAGGACGCGGAAUCGAUCAAGCUGAAUUGUAUAAGUUAUAUAUGACUGCGUGUGCUCGUGCUGGCAGACGAGGAGUAAUUGCUCCUCUUCAUUUUCCUCGUUGUGUCAAAUCUGUGUUUGGACCAAGUGUAGGACCAAAAAGUGUAAAAUUAGCGCAAAGUCAUGGCGGUUUAGCCAUGGAUCCGCCAACUCAAAUUAUUGCUUAUGAAGGAAUUCAGGUUCGAUCAAAACCAUUGCCAUUUCCAAUCAGCACGUCGAUGGUUGUAACUCAAUCAACAUCUGUUACGGCCCCGUCCAUCCCUACCUCUCCUAUCCUUAAAGCACAACUUAGUGCACCAGCUACUAAUGCCCAACAAAAUAAUACAUUAAUCAAACGUGAACUCCUAGGAAAGACUGUGCAAAAUUUAACGUUAUCGACCAGCAGUGGAACAGAGACUUCUGUCAUUACUACUACUUUAGCCACUACAACCGUGUCUCAGCCCGAAGGAACCAUGUUGUCUAAUUGCAAUACUUCUUUAAUAAAAACUCUGUUAGCUAGCAAGGUAUGCGACCCCAAAUCAACUGUGCCUUCUGCGACAAUUAAACUUAGCAAUAAUGAGUCUUGCACGUUGUACGCUUCUUCCCAAAACUGCCACUCUACAGUUAUCACCGAGGUAACACAACGACAACAGCAGCAGAAAAUAUUGCAACAACAGAACUCUGCGACUUCUUCAUCACCUUCGCUAUCCUCAGCUGUACCAAAACAGAUACCUAAAAUAAAUGGACUGAGGAUUCCAUCAGAAGAGGGGUUUAAAAAUGAUUCUAAUACAUCUGUCAUAAAAUCAGAUUUUCAACCUACUGUAAUAACUACUGUUGCGUCUAGUAUUAAAAAUGCAGUCAACAAUAGUCUUGUAAAACUAAUGGAUAACGAUAAUAAUGAAGCGGUUUUAUUAGAGUCUAAAAAAGAAAGCCUACCAAAUGGAACUCCAGAGAUUCCAGAAAUUAAUGAUGUGGCGUCGAAGAGUAUUAUGCUAUCAGGACUGUUGGAUAAAGAAAUUGAAAAGAAAGAUGCUCCGUUUUUGUACGGUUCUAUUCAAGUUGGAGAUAAUGGACUAGAAUUAAAUGGGGCAUGUAAUCAAAAGAAAAAUAGUGAUGAGAAUUUGUUAAAUUGUUCGAAAAUCAAGCAGGAACAAAUGGAAGAGAAGUCUGGGAUGCAAUCAGUAAAAGUAAUAAUUGGAAAUAAAAGGCUGGCUGAAGAAGAAGUCCCGUAUGAUAAAGCUCCUAAAAAACCUCAUCUCAACGGUAACAGCAGUAGUAAUGAUGAUGAGAAUAUGGAAAUCGAUGAAAGUAACGUGAAAGCUUCUUCGACUGCAGCUAACCUGUAUGCCGCACUAGCAGCAGAUGUAUUGGAAGACAUUGAUGGCCUAGAAGACGAAUCGCCAAAAACUCCUGCUCAGGUGCCACAACAAAUUCAAGUUAGUCAAGCAACAAACCAACAGAUUUUUCAAGCUCCUGGUCAAAUUAUUGUUUCAUCAGCCAACACACAAUGGUCGUCGAACAAUCAAAGAGGCAUUGUAACAAUGGUACAUCAAGGUAAUUCUGGCGGACCUCAGUACGUGUUGGCGCAACCUCAGUCUGCACUCGUUCAAGGUCAAGCACAAACCGUAUUAGUUGCUCAGACUACGCCUCAAGGUUCAGGAGCUAAGACAAUUAUAAUUCUACAACAGCAGCCUGGAAAUAAUAACCAAUCUUCCAACACUGUAACGUUGAGUCAGACCAACUUUGUUCAAACUUCAUCUGCAGCUAAUCAGUCAAAAGUAAUUGUACAAAGAAUACCAACACCUCCUCAAAUCAAACAACAAGUUCAAAAUGUGGUAACAAGGCCUAUUACACCUGUUACUUCUAUUGCCACUAAACAGCAAGUAAAAGUUAUCAAAACUGUACCUCAUAUAGUUUCUGCAUCAAUGCCUUCACCGCCCGUUCAGGCGAGAUUGCGGUCUACUACGCCAAUGAAGGUAACCGGGGAAGUGCAGACACCAACUAACCAAGGUCAAUUUUUAUGUGAGUGGAGAGGAUGCAUGCGAAAUUUCAAGUCUGCCAAUGAAGUUUACAUGCAUGCUUGUGAAUCCCAUUGUCCAUUCAACGGUGUCCAAGAAAUGCAAUGUUUAUGGGAACGUUGUGAUUCUAUGAAGCGAAAGCGUUUUUCAUUAAUGACACAUUUAUACGAUCGUCACUGCAAUCCUGAUGUUUUAAGAAUGAUGGCAGUUCGACGAAGGCAACUAUCACAGAGUGGUCGUAGUGAAAUACCAGCACCUUCUCCACCUACUCCUCAUCCGGGUUAUGCACCAAACGCUGCCUUCAAUGCCAUCAAGAGGCAUGCUUUAGAAUUUGUAAACCCCAAGGAACUUCAGCAAAAACUAGUGAGUGCAGCUGGAAAUCAACAAUCGACUAGCAAUGUCGAUCAGGAUGACAAUGAGGGUCCAGUCACCAAGAGCAUACGUCUUACUUCUGCACUUAUUUUACGCAACCUAGUCAUAUAUUCCUCAACAGGAAGAUGGCAUAUAAGACGUUAUGAAGCACAUCUAUCCAAUAUAGCUCUGAGCAAUGUCGAAUCAUCAAGGACAAUCGCACAGCUUUUGUUUGAUCUUUGUCAUUCCAGCUGACCACAAUCACAAAAUUAAAAUAGGAUAUUUACAUUGUAUUUUGUGCAUACAUAUCACAAAUGCCAAUGUUGCCUAAAUAUUAAAAACGCAAAUCUUGUGAAUUACAUUUGAACGAACAUUAAACAUGUUUUUUUUUAAAUUUAUAUCUAUCUUAAAAAAAAAAUAGUAGUAAUAAAUACUUGACUAUUGACUUUCAAGUCUUCCAGUAAUACAAGCAUUACGGUACUUAAAAUCUGACAUAAGUUUAUUUAUUCAGAAUGAUUGUAUUCUUCUACUUAAACUGCUACACAAUUGUUUCAAACCACAUAGUUUAAGUAAUAUUUAUUGGUCUUAAAGAACUGUAUAUAUUUGUAAAAUGUAAAUAACUAUUUGUUUUUAGAGUGAAUUAAGUUAAGAUAAAUAAAAAAAUAUUUAUAUUAAAUAAUAAAAUCCGUAUGCAUUUAAUAGUGUAACUUGUAAGCGAACAAUUUUUGUUUUCCUAGAUUUUUUUUUAAAUUUUAUUAUUAUUAUAUUAUUAUUAUUUUUAUUAUAACAUUAUGUAUGUAUAUAGUGGCAAACCAGUUGCGUGAAUUUUGUACAUAAAUACUUAGACGUUACCUGAGUUUUAUACGAUUUUUCAAAUAAUAAUAAAAAAAUGUAUAAAGAUUUAGUUUUAACUCUUACAUUUAUUGUUUUAUACACAAUUUAUGCACAUUUAAUCAUAGCAGUUUUUUUAUAAUUUA